GACCUCUCCAACUUCUCGCCUUGCCAUCCGCCUGGGAACUUCGAGCCUACUGCCCAGAGUGACAGCCUUCCCACGACUUCCUGCCUGUGAGGAAUUCAGAGUCUAAGGAGACAGCAACUAUACCAGGGUGGCCCCAACCAUGUGGGUUCCUGCCGUGGCGAAUCUGCUCCUUCUGUCCCUGGGCCUUCUGGAAGCAAUUCAGGAUGCACAGUUGGACAUGGCCCUGGACUCCUUUGAUGACCAGUACAUUGGCUGUGCAGCAGCCACGAUGGCUGCCCUCCCGAAUCUCAACCUCACAGAGUUCAAGGACAACAAACUCUAUGCCGACGGCUGGGUGGAGGCAAGACAGAAGUGGCAGGAGCGCAGGGCCCGGGGCCCCACAAGGCUGCCCCCCUUUCCUGCGGGUUUCCGGGAUGAACAUGAGAUGGCCCUGCUGGCCUACACAGACAACAGCCCCCUUUACAGGGAGUUCAACACCGCGGUACGCCAGGGGGGCCGCUCCCGGGCCCACUACUGCCAGCACUUCUCCUUCAAGACCCUGCACUUCCUGCUGACCGAGGCCCUGCAGCUGCUGGGCAGGGCCCAGCGAAUGCCCAGAUGCCGUCAGGUGUUCCGGGGGGUGAAAGGCCUGCGCUUCAGGACAUCAGGGCCUGGGACCACUGUCAGGCUGGGGGGCUUUGCCUCUUCAUCCCUGAAGAAAGAUGUGGCCCAGAAGUUCGGCGAGGACACCUUCUUCAGCAUCCGGACCUGCCUCGGGAUCCCGAUCCAGAACUACUCCGUCUUCCCUGGGCAGGCAGAGGUGCUGAUCCCCCCGUUUGAGACCUUCCAGGUCAUCAACACCAGCAGAGCAGAACAGGGCCCGGUCCACAUCUAUCUCAGUUCUCUGGGCAAGCACAGUUCAUACAACUGCGAGUACGUCAAAGCCUCGGCUCAGGAGCGCCUCUCCACAGCCUGGUCCCUCCUGCUGCUGCUCGCCUUCCUUGCGGUGGGGCCCUUCCCAGGAAGCCCAGGCCUCUUCUGACCCACCAGACUCUGGACAUUCCUGCCUGCUGCCUCUGCCCACUCUGCGGAUGCUGGCCACGCCCAAGGUGUACACAGCCAGGAUCCCUGGCACACCCAUCUGCUGGGACCUCCAGCUAUCUCGCUUGCUCGCUCUCUCUUGCUCAAGUUGCAAGACCUGCUGGUGUGGAAAAUCAGAAGACACUUUGGGGACUGCACCUCAUCCAGAGGUCUAGGUGUGAGACUGUGAAAGGGGGUCAGGGUGAGAAACUCCAGGACAGACGGCAACUCACUCGUAGAAGAGACUUCCACUCAUGUCAGGGCUGAAGGGAUUUGAGAGUGGGGUCCCUCUAAUGCAUCACCUGUCCACCUGGAGGCUCCUAUUCUCCCCUCCCAGCAGCCCUCUCUGACCUCUCCCACCUGCUGGGGGAGGGGCCCUGCCUCUGUGCUCCCACAGGGCCCUGGUGCUUCCCUA